AAUGAGAAAAUUAGUGAUACAUCAACAAAUUUAUUAGACUGAAUUUGCAUGACAGAUCUAUGCAUUACAAAAUACAGCCUUAAAAUGUAUUGCAUCAGCAGAGGCACAUAUUGCUAUCAAAUGGCUAAAUAAUAAAUAAAACCGAAACCACCGUUAGUCUGAAGCACAUCAUCUUGAAACUAAAACUAAAUUAAACCUCCCAUAAAAGCAUUGCAGAUAUCUAACAAAAAUGCCAGAUUUAAUCAGAGAUAACAUUAGCUGUAAAUGUGGUCUCAGCAGCAUUAGGUCUUGCAUAGUGAUUUCUCUCAUCUUUGUUUCUUCUUUAAAAAAAAUAUAUGAGUCAGUCCUGGUUAAUGUCACACAAACCUCUUGUAGGACUGUAUAAGAGCCUGAUUUAUACCCCAUAAUAAUCUUUGUGUCUAUUAUACCGUAUCCAUGUUUUACCCCUCACCUACACCAUUAGGCACAAAAUGCUGACUGAGGGGAAAAAACAUUUCUUUGUCUUUCUCCCAUGCAACCAUUCUCCGGUCUUGCUCACUGUCAUUCACUCAAUCUUCGCACGCAUUCGGACACUUGGAUACUCUCAUAUGAUUUCUGCACACAGCGUUCCCCCUCCCCCUCCGCUCUCUGACACAUUCCAAAGGUCAAAGUCACUGGAGGGGUUUGAAGGACAGGCACAGUAACUCCAAAAGGGCUCUGUGUGACAGCAAAUACAUGUGAAGAACAAUAUGCUUCACAGUGGAGACAAUUUAGCAAGUUCAAAUUAUAAAAGGGAUAUGAGUAACUGCAGGGUUAUUAUAAUAAUUAACUACAACGAAAGCCAUUAAAAACAUUUUCAUUACUUUAAAUAAAAUAAAUGUUAACUGAAAUAAAUAAAAUAUAAGUUUAAGGGUUUUUAUGUAUAUAUUUUAAGAUAUUUUUAGAUAUUAAAUGUGCAUUGAUAAAACUAACAUACAAGUUAUAUCUGAGAUUUUUAAACUUUUAAGUUCACUUAGUGAAAACUUCCAUUCAUAGACUUUCCCUUUCAUUUUUUACAUUAUAUUUAGAGACAACAGACACGGUUUGUGGCCCCUGGAUAUACUCAACCAAUAUAUUUUAUCUUUCAGUGACUUUGUAGGCUACCUGCUAUAAAGCAUAUGGUGUAACUAACAGCAUUAAUGAAUGAUAUUUUAUAUGUCUUUGUCACAUAUUUUAAAAAUACAAAAGUGAAGUUGUCUUAGACUUCAGUGCUGCAGGUCUGUAACAUUAGUUAAAGAUUUCUAAAGUGUUUUUUUCUAUUACCUGAGGUUACUGAUUUAUUGUUGAGGUAUGCUGGUUAAAAACAGUUCAGAAUUAUACCUAUUGUUAAACCUGUCACAGUAGUCAGUAUCACAGUUGUAUAUACAUAAAUUUCAAGCACAGAUAAAAACAAUAGAACAAAGAUACAAAUGAAACAAACAGUCAUUUAGACUAUGUUUUUCAGGCAAGUCUAACAGUAUUCAGGUACAGAAAUUGAAUGAUCAAAAGUAAAAUUACACUGUAUAAAUUAAAUAUAUUUACACUGUAUUACACUGUAUAUAUUAAAUAUAAUUAAUUUUUGUUAAAGCUAAAAAGGUAUCGCGAUAUCAAUGCUUAAACGAUAUAUCAUGAAGCCCUAGUCAAUAUAGAUGUCAGGUGGUGCUGUGUAAAAUUAAAGCAUAGUAGCAGUGAUCAACUGAUUUCUAAUGUAAAGUUUACUGUGUAAAUCAAUUUCUCAGCAGAGAAAUCAGAGCUAAGUACCAUGUGUUAGCCUUUGAACUUCGACUACAGUAUGCAUGCAACUGUAGAACAAAGACUGUAAGAGCAGACUUCAGAAGGUGACCUUGUUCAGCGAGCCUUGACAAUUGAAAGGUUGAUUGCUAAACUGGAUUACAACUUCUUAAGGACAGAGAUUCCCAAUCACGUCCAAGAAGGGCCUAGUGGUCAACGGAACUUUAAAGUCAGUUUCUAUAAUGCAAUCAUUAGAAAAAGGCUUUUUAAUCAAAUAUGAAGUAGACGUAUCUAGUAGACGUAUAUUUAACUGCAAAAAAGUAUUAAAAACUGCCUCAAGCAAAAACUUUACUCUCUAAGUGGUUAAUUUUUUUUCAGUCGUUAACUAUGAAGCAACAUUGUUGAUUAUGCUUCAAUUUAUAUCAGCAAUAUUUGUUUGUUGCACUGACUUAUAUGGCAGUUGUCUAUGACUUAAGACCAAGUUCGGUUAUGUGUGCACGACACGAAUUUCGUCAUCAGCAUAGUACGUGCGUACUGUAGACACGCAGCCCGAUUUUCUAACCGUGCGUACUCUGUACUCGCAGCUACAUGCGCCUUGAGAGAGAUUCAGAGAUACCUGUAACAUUUAAACUGUGUAAUAUUUCAUUGCUCAUAACAUUGCCCGAAGAGAAAUAGUGCAGACACUGGACAAGGAUGAAACUUACUAGUGCGCAGUGCUGCCAAUUUAGCGAUUUUGUCGCUAGAUUUAGCGACUUCCACACCCCUUUUGAGACUUUUUUCAAAAGCCUAGCGACAAAUCUAGCAACUUCUUGGACAAUCCUUAUCUAGAUUCCGUGACUCGCCCACUGAUCUAUAAUUAUAUUAAUAUAGAUCAGUGGACUCGCCAGUAUGACGUCAUCUACGACAUUUAGCGACCAGUUUUAGCUACUUUCAGCUGAAAGCAAUUGGCAACACUGCUAGUGCGCAUGUGUCCACCACCUGUGUUCACGCACAUUAUUAAAUGGAGUAUACUGAUGAAAGCCAAUGAGUUCUAUUGUGCUGAAGUUCCGUAAAAAAAAGCAUACUUUGGGCUUUAUACUGACUCCUAGAUGCAGGAUGCAGAAUUAUGCAGAUUUAAGUUACUAGAAAUGCGCUAUUUGCAAUCAACCCUUAUUAAUUUAUUCCAAAAAUGUUCAGUAACAAGGAUGUUAGUGAUUCGGUUGGUCACAUCACAUGAUCUCAACAUGUCUGCCCCCAUGAAUGUAACUGGCUCCAUGUAAAAUAAAGCUUUUAUUGACAUGACUAGUCACUAUGAAAUGGAAGUUGCGAUAGCGUUCUCUUCCCUAUUGUGAUGUAUAUCCAAUUGAAAUGGCUUUUCGAACAAGAAAAAAAUGGAGAGCGGGACUUGAUUUUGUCCAUCGGGAAUUGAUUGGAUCGUUGGAUCUUUGUAGUUUGCUAUUGCUGUGAUCUCAUGUGAGUGGCAGGUUUGCCCCGCCCUCGUGCCAGUAAACACGUCAUCAGAAAAGAGAUGUCAGUGCAAGAGGGAGGGGAAGUUAUUUGAUUAAAGAUAACGAGGGGCUAAUGAAUUAAAAAAAAUAAAAAUAAAGAUGGAUAAAUCAUUUUUAUUAAAUACUGCAAUAUUCCAUUUAAAAUAGGAAUUGUCCAUUUUGAUUUCAUGGUGACUUUCAUCUCGUCGCAGUACAUCAUUUUAAACUUAUUUGUAAAGCAUUUUAAGCUAUUUUUUCGAAAUAAUAAACUAUUUCUUUGUGUGUAAAACUUUUUUUUAUAGGAAACGAUUAAGUUAAUCGUAAAGUACGUACAUUACAUUUGACAACAUAACCACUGCCACCAAGUCUGCUUCAAAUAGUGCAAACAGACUUUUAAAAACCAAAUAAAAUUACUACGUUCUUCUACCAAUUGCAUUACGUCAGUGACGACGUGAAAUGCCUAGAAUACUAGAAUGCAAAGCAGAUCUGUCGCGCGUGAGGUAGUUUGUUUCCAGUGUGAAAGGCUGUACCGGUAAUGCGACAUGCCUCGAGUACUAGAGUCCGGGGUAAAAUCUCACGAGCUGACACAAUGUAUGAGCCAGGGGACAACUCGAUCAAGGUGCUGCCCACUGAUCGAGAUAUCCAGUCUGAGAUGCACAACGUUAUAGAUAUUUCCUCAAGAAUUCUGGAGGCAAACAAAGAGAUCAGUGAUGUGCUUCUGGAGGGAGAUAUGGCCUUACCCAAAACAAGGAAUGCCAUGAAAUGCUUGAAUGACUACUGCAAAUGGCCAAAAUCCCCAUCUGGACUGGUUGAAGUGCCAUACACCAUUGCUAACGACUUCUAUAGUGAUGAGAAGGCAGUGAUCGAAAGCGCAAUGAAGAGCAUCUCUGCAAAAACCUGCGUCAGUUUUGUGCCACGAACCAAUCAAGUGGACUACCUCAGCAUUGAGAACCUGCUAGGCUGUUGGUCUACUGUAGGGAGAUCUGGAGGGAAACAGCAGGUGUCUCUGUCUGUGGACGGCUGUGUUUCUCAUGGGAUCAUUGAGCAUGAGCUCAUCCAUUCUCUGGGAUUCCACCAUGAGCACACCAGGAGCGACAGAGACCAGUACAUCCGGAUCAACUGGGACAAUAUUCCACAAGCAUCUGCAUACAACUUUCAGAAGAAGGACACAAAUAAUCUGAAUACCCCUUAUGACUACAACUCCAUCAUGCAUUAUGGAAGGACAGCCUUCGCCAUACAAUAUGGGAAGGAAACCAUCACUCCUAUUCCUAAUCCUUCAGUGCAGAUCGGACAGAGGCUGGAAAUGUCUAACAUUGACAUUCAGAGGAUCAACAAGCUCUAUCAGUGUGGUGAGCACAUUACACGCAUGUACAGUAGUCUCAUUUAUUAUAAAUAGUAUUUUUGAGAGUAAAUACUGCACAAAAGUGUUAUGAUGGCAAUGGGAUAAAAGUAAAAUGUAUAUAUAUUUUUUUACCUGCAGCUCUUUAAAGUAAACACUCAAGAUCAAACCCCAGUGAAAUACAGACUGUGACUAAAUAAAAGGAUUACGGCACAGUGUAACCGAAGUAAAUCCUUUCCUUCCUCUUUUGUCUGUAACUUGACCACAUAAAUGUAAUGGACUGACUGCAGUGCUGAAUUGCAAUAAACCUUGUUACGGGUGA